AUGUGUCGAAUUGCACUUCAAACUGAUGUAAUUCCGAUCAAAACUAUAUUUGCUUACUACAAAAAGAGUCUGGUUGUUAUUAAAAGAUGGCCAAAUGGAGAGUGUCCAGAAGCUGAUCUGGACAUUGCAGAACCAAGCAGGAGACGAGAAGUGCUGGAAGCAUCGGCCAGAAUUCAUCAAUUUCUUUUGCAAUAG